CGUGCUAGAUUGUGGAAGUUAGCUGCACUGAAAGAUGACUCUCUGUUGGGCUACGCAGUGAGGAUUUACUCCGUUACAGCGAUUUGUCAUACCGGGAAAGUGCCGAGGACCGUUAUAUUUGUCUCCUUUUCACUGCGUUUUCAAAAUGCCGCGCUCAUUUCUGGUGAAAAAACAUUUCAACUCUACCAAGAAGCCCAACUACAGUGAAUUGGAGAGUCCAACAGUGUUUCUGUCGCCAUAUCUGCUCAAAAGCCUUCCAGUGCCCGUCAUACCUCAGCCUGAAGUCCUCAGCCCGGUGGCGUACAACCCCAUCACCGUGUGGACGACGAGCGACUCUCUGCUUUCUCCUCUGCCCAGUGACCUGUCGCCUGUCUCUGGCUCCCUCUCCCCGCUCUCAGACGCUUCGUCCAAGGGCCGUGCAGGCUCGGAGAGCCCGAGGAGCGGCGACGAGGAUGAGCGAGUGUCUGCCAAGCUGAGCGUCGAGGACACAGAGAAGUUCCAGUGCGGCCUGUGCGCCAAGUCCUACUCCACGUAUUCUGGACUGAUGAAGCACAAACAGCUGCACUGCGACGCGCAGGCGAGGAAGUCGUUUAGCUGCAAGUACUGUGAGAAGGAGUACGUGAGCCUCGGCGCCCUGAAGAUGCACAUAAGGACACACACGCUGCCCUGCGUUUGCAAAAUGUGCGGCAAGGCGUUCUCCAGACCAUGGCUGCUUCAGGGCCACAUCAGGACGCACACAGGUGAGAAGCCCUUCUCGUGCCCCCACUGCAGCCGGGCGUUCGCGGACAGGUCCAACCUCAGGGCCCACCUGCAGACUCACUCAGACGUGAAGAAAUACCAGUGCAAGAACUGCUCCAAAACGUUCUCCAGAAUGUCGCUCCUCCACAAACAUGAGGAGUCGGGCUGCUGCGUAGCUCACUGACCAAAAACUGUGCCUUGGACAGGGUUUUUUUUAUUUU